AUGGCAUCGGGUCGCGCCGUGUCGCACGGCCGGGGAGGCGCUGGAAACAUCCACACCAACGGCAAAGCAACCACAGCCGCCGAUCUGAUCACCCCCACCAUCAAGCAAGAUUUCUUCACAACCGGUCGCGGCGGCACAGGAAACAUGAUGUACAACGACAAGGACCACCCGGAGUUGGCGCGUGGCAGUCAGGAUGUUGAGCAGCCGCCCAAGCGAUCUGAGGAGAGUGUUCAGUUCACUGGUCGAGGCGGUGUUGCGAAUGCUGUCAUUCCGACAGUCGAAGAGCAGAAAGCGAAACAUACUGCUGCCGACCCUCAGCCGGAGCGAUUGCCGAGUCAGGAGCGACCUAAAGAGGUCCCUGGUGGCAAGACUAAUUAG